AUGAAUGAUUUCGGGGAUGAUUCUAUCUCUUCUUCGCAAUGGAAAAACGAUCUAUUUGCAAUUUUAUUAACUGGUCAACUAUUGUCAAUUCCUUGUUAUCUCUUUUUGUUCUACCAUCUUCUACGUGAUAAACUCUUGUGGAAAAAUCUGCAGAAUCAUUCUAUAGUUCUGCUCCUGAUCUACAAUUUUCUUCAAAUGAUGAUUGAUCUAUCAAUGACGCUGAACUUCUACCGAGUUGGUCAUCAACAUCCAUUGAAUGUUUCACUUUGUUUUCUACAUGGUUAUGUUGAUUAUGGAAUAUGGUACGGAGCUCUUCAUAUCAUGUUCUGGAACUCUAUCGAAAGACAUAUUCUGAUAUUUUAUUCUAAUUUUCUUCGUACAGCGCGUCAACGUAUUUUGUUUCAUUACAUUCCACUUGGGUUCGUUUCCAGUUAUGCACCAAUUCUUUAUUUUUACUUGAUCGUUCUAUGUCCAUGUCAACGCUUUUAUAAUGGUUUUUUGCUUUUUUGUGGUGUCGUUUGUUAUAGCUACGUGAUUCCUCAAUGGUUCAGUUGGUUCGAGUCACUUAUGAAUUGCGCGUUACCAAUUCUAUUCAUUGGUGUAUUUAGUUGGACUCUAAUAAUCCGUGUCAUUCUGCAGAAACGUCGUUUACAACAGGCAGUAAAUUGGCGUCGACAAAGAAAAAUGAUUAUCCAAUUAGCUUCAGUUUCGAUCAUUUAUCUCGCUUUCAGCCUUCCUUAUGUUAUUGCCACUGUUACAUCAUGGCUUGACGCAUUUCUCUUCGAUAGUUAUACUAUUGCAGUAUAUAUCGGAGCAUUUGCCCAUAUGCCAGCAAUAGUAAUGCCAUACGCAAAUCUGGUUGCGUUAUCUCCGCUGAAGCCAAAGUUAGCAAAGAUACUAUUCUGGAAACCAAAACAACAGCGAACUGUUGCGCCAUCGGCAAGAACAUGA